GCGCAGCACAAACACAGAAAGCCAGAGCUUGUGUCGGGAGGUGGCACUCGCUUCAUCAGCCGUAGGACGGUCGGUCACACGCCGGCACCACCAAAGAGGAGGAGGAGGAGAAGAUGGGAAGAUGCGUCGCAUCGCUGCCACCUGACUCGGCACCUGCUAGCAGGCGGCAAGAACGCUGCUGAGAUUAUGCGCGGGACAGGAGGCUCCUGUGGAUUCCUCAUCUUUGGUGUCGACGGGACGAGCGCCGGCUGUGGCUGGACGGGAGGCGGCGGAGCUCGGAAUUCUAAGGAGCUCACAUUUUACUUCAGGCCCGAAGUGAAAGUCGGGAGCUGCCCCAUGUGGCAGCAGUGCCCGCCGUACCUGUAGCCAGGUGGUGACCACGGCGGUGUAGUGUUGUGGCGGCAGCAGUGGCUCAGGACACUGAAUGACCAGCGUGGCUGAUGAAGGCCACCUGGAUCCGCCUGCUGAAAAGAGCCAAGGGAGGUCACGUCAAGAGCUCCGAUGCCUACGGCUCGGCCGACUCCUACACUAGCCGUCCGUCAGACUCGGAUGUGUCUCUGGAGGAGGACAAGGAGGCGGUGCGCAGAGAGGCAGAGCGGCAGGCCGAGGCGCAGCUUGACAAGGCUAAGACAAAACCGGUCGCCUUUGCCGUCCGCACAAACGUCAACUACAGCCCGAGUUACGAUGACGACGUCCCCGUACCCGGCAUGGCCGUCUCCUUCGAGGCCAAAGACUUCCUGCAUGUCAAAGAGAAGUUCAACAACGACUGGUGGAUCGGCCGUCUGGUGAAGGAAGGCUGCGACAUCGGUUUCAUUCCCAGUCCGGUGAAGCUGGAAAACACUCGACUCCUCCAAGAACAGAGGUUGAAGCAGAGCAAGUUUCAUUCCAGUAAACUGGGAGCAAACUCCUCCUCCAGUUUAGGCGAAGCGGUUCCGAACUCGAGAAAGUCUACUCCUCCUUCGUCUGCCAAACAGAAGCAGAAGUCGACGGAACACAUUCCUCCAUACGACGUGGUGCCUUCCAUGCGACCCGUGGUUCUGGUGGGACCGUCACUGAAGGGUUACGAGGUGACCGACAUGAUGCAAAAAGCCCUCUUUGACUUUUUGAAGCACCGAUUUGAGGGAAGGAUAUCCAUCACUCGCGUCACGGCGGACAUCUCCCUCGCCAAACGCUCCGUCCUGAACAAUCCCAGCAAGCACGCCAUCAUCGAGCGCUCCAACACGCGCUCCAACUUGGCUGAAGUCCAGAGCGAGAUCGAGCGCAUUUUCGAGCUGGCUCGCACGCUGCAGCUGGUGAUUCUGGACGCAGACACCAUUAACCACCCAUCACAGCUGGGCAAAACGUCCCUCGCCCCCAUUGUGGUCUACGUCAAGAUCACCUCUCCCAAGGUGCUGCAGAGACUCAUCAAGUCGCGAGGAAAGUCACAGGCCAAACACCUUAAUGUCCAGAUGGUGGCGGCGGACAAGCUGGCCCAGUGCCCGCCCGAGAUGUUCGACAUCAUUCUGGAUGAGAACCAGCUGGAGGACGCCUGCGAGCACAUGGCCGACUACCUGGAGGCCUACUGGAAGAGCACCCACCCGACCAGCUGCGACCCCCCGGACCCCCUGCUGACGAGGCUGCCCGCGGCCGCCCUGCCCUCCUCCAGCAUGCAGGGUGGCGCCGCAGAGCACAGAGGAGAGAGAGACUUCUCCAGAGAAGACCAGGCCGAGGAGGAGGAGGAGGACGACGACGACGCCAACCAGGAGGAGAGGCCUCUGAGGACAGAGUCAUCCAGGAGAGGGCAGCACAUCCACCCCCGGGAGCACAACAAUCACCACCACCACCACCACCAUCACCACCGCAACAGCAGCCGAGCGAGGGGCCUCGCCCGCCAGGAGACGUUGGACUCCGAGACCCCGGACAGUCGAGAGAGCAAGGACGCCGCUCACGAGGAGCUUCGCGUUCACAUCCUCCAGCAUCAGGAGGGCGAGGAGGACAGGGAUUUCGGGGCGCCUCACCGGGACCACAACAACCACCACCACCACCACCACCACCACCACCACCGUGGUGGCGGGCAGGACGAGGGCGGCCACCACCGCUCCAAAGAGCGCGAACAGGACCACAAUGAACGAAACAAACAGCGCACUCACCACCAUCACCAUCACCACAGGCCCACGAGGGACCACCAUCACUACUACGACCCAGACCAAGACGGCAGUUUGGCAGCCAAAAAGAGGAGCGAUGCAGGAGAAUGAGGACCUGGCUAUUUAUGUAAACCUCCCUUCCUUUUCUAUAUCGAUAUAUAUCUACUGUACGUGGAUCUAUGCAUAGACGUGGAUAUGCAUGAAUAUUCACUUGUGAGGUCACCUCUCGCUACGCCCUUCCCCCCCCCCCCCACGCCGAGCCACUCCAUCGGACGCCGAAAACAUUGGGAAUGUUGAUGAGAUCAGUUUGUCUUCAGGGGGUCCCUAAACCAGGCUGCCUCUGCUCAGAUUCAUGUGGCAGCCAGAAACAGAUGGCUGGUGCUGCGUUGUAGACUGCUGGGAAGGAGCAAAAAAAACCACUCGGCGCUUUAAAAGGGAGGGAAAAUGGUGACAUAUCUAAGCAAUAAUUGGGCCGUUCCAUUAAAUCGGUGCCAUUUGCAAGUUCUAGUCAGGCCCUAUACCAUACUUGCCA